UCCCAUCAGCUCCUGAGUCGACAGUUUGUGCAGUCAACAAAUGAAGAGCCGACAUCCUUACACGGACCGGAACCACCUACCGCCAUUUCUCCGGUUUCUGAUGCCUCGCGACGCUCGACUGACACAUGACGAGAAGAGACGGCGAGGAAUGUGAGCCUUCAUCAUCAGAGGAAACAGCCUGUCGUCAUCAUCCUCAGUGAGUCUGAACCACUGUAAGCUCACACAUUCAUUUCUCAUAAUGCUGACACACACACACACGAGUACACAAGUACACACAUCCUGUACUUCAGCAGAGGUACAGACUCUCACGCACCACAAAGUUGAAGCACAGCUUCUUUAGUGUUCACUUAGAGCCUCAGGUGUGUGAACCUGCACGGCUCAGGUGUGGCAGCGUGGGCUAACACCGCAGCUGUAGCUAAAGGUUGCUUCAGCCCGUGUAAACAUCACACACGUGCUCAACCUGCCAACAAUGGAAGCAGGUGAGCGGCUCUCACAGGGACGAUCCUCAGUGCACAGUGAACGAGCCUGCUGUGGAAUGUGGAAGUGGGAGUGUGGGAGGGAGAGUUUUCCAUUUUCCCUCCGGCAGUAGGAAACAUCCCAAUAAGGACGGCAGGGCGGGUUCUUGCCGCUGACGCUGUGUGGGCGGGGCCUGCUGCCUGAUUAAAUGGAGCAGUGGUGAUGAAGGCGAGCAGAGCUCCGACUGUGAGACAAACUGAAGGAUGGCGAUGCUGCUGCAGCCUCUGUGGACCUUCGUGCUGGGACACGCCCCCCUCCUGCGCUCGCCCUUCUUCCCCGUGCUCUUCUCGCUCUGCGUCUACCUGUCCUUCUGCCUGCCCUUCCUGCUGCUGGACGCGCUGUCCACCAGGUGGGCGUGGGUGCUCAGGUACAAGCUGCAGCCUCAGAGCUCCGUCAGCUGGUCGUCGGUGCGGCGCUGCCUGGCUCUGACGCUCUACAACCACCUGGUCUUCAUCUUCCCGCUCACCGUGCUGCACUGGUACCUGAGGCCGGUGCACCUGACCGAGGAGGCCCCGCCCCUUCCGCGCCUGCUGGCUCAGGUGCUCGUGUGCCUGCUGCUCUUUGACUUCCAGAGCUUCGCCUGGCACCUGCUGCACCACCGAGUGCCCUGGCUCUACCGCACCUUCCACAAGGUGCACCACACCUACACCUCCACCUCCGCCCUCACCGCCGAGUACUCGGGCACCUGGGAGACCCUCAGCCUGGGCCUGUUCGCUGCCGCCAACCCCCUCCUGCUGGGCUGCCACCCGCUCACCGAGCUCACCUUCUUCGUGGUCAACAUCUGGCUGUCGGUGGAGGAUCACUGCGGCUACGACCUGCCGUGGGCCACGCACCGCCUGGUGCCGCUGGGGCUGUACGGCGGGGCGCGCCACCACGACCUUCACCACCUCAAGUCCAAGUGCAACUUUGCGCCGUACUUCACCCACUGGGACCGCCUGGCCGGGACGCUGCAGACGCAGGACUGAGCCGCCGUGAUGGCGAGGAGCUGAUGUAGAGACAUUUUCUAUUUAUUUAUUUCUUCCUGUUUUUAUUUAUUAUGCCACUUCUGAGCCCACCAAUCACAGCGGGCUCUCCUCGACUCGCUGCUCCUCUCUGACGUAGAGACGGAGCAGUCGGAGCCACGAGAGCGCCGUGAGCCGUCGACGGCGUGAGCACGUUAACUGAUACCGGACAGAUGUGCCGAUGAGGCAGCUGGCUGCGAGUGCGGGACAGACGAAAGUGAAACGAGGGACAGAGAUAAGCUGGCGAGGAAGACGAGGAGUCGCGCCGCCGCUGAAGGAGAAGCGCGGCGUCAGAGGGAAACUGAAAAGUUUGAUUCUGAACUGGGAAGUGAAAGUUUGAGCACUGAAGACAAAAUGAAGCUAAAAUAAAGUUUGUGAAGAGAAGCACA